UUGUUUCACAGCUCCUUCUUUGGUUCUAUAUAUAUAUAUUGAUCUUUAUCUUUUUUAAUCAUUCCAAUGUCAGAGUCAUCAGAUUCCAAAUUCAUAUUUUGAAACGAGAUCGACCCCAAUUGAAAUUGUGUGUGGACUCCAUUUCACUCACUCACUCACUGUCUUCCAAUUCGUGCUCUAUAAAACCCUAAUUCCCCUUUCUUCGUUCUUCGGAGCGAAGAAAUUCAGCUAUUUAGGGUUCAGUGGGUGAGGGUGAAUGGUGGUGUAGUGUUGAAUUGAGUGUUGGAGUGAGUGAUGGAAGGUGGUGGUGGGAGGAGGAUCACGGUGAGCCCUCGACCUUGCUGUGGUCGGAGGGUUGUUGCGAAGAAGGGGCCGCGGCGUGGUGGUGCGGUCGAUGGGUUUGUCAACAGCGUCAAGAAGCUUCAGCGGCGUGAAAUCAGCUCCAAGCGUGAUCGCGCUUUCACUAUGACUGAUGCUCAGGAGAGAUUCCGCAACAUUCGCUUGCAGGAAGAAUAUGAUACUCAUGAUCCCAAAGGUCCUUCUUCGGCUGUGGUAUUGCCAUUUCUGAGAAGAAGAUCGAAGAUUAUCGAGAUUGUAGCGGCACAGGACAUUGUUUUUGCUCUCGCCCAGUCUGGGGUUUGUGCAGCAUUUAGCCGAGAGUCGAACCAAAGGAUUUGCUUUUUGAAUGUCAGUCCUGAUGAAGUUAUAAGAAGUCUGUUUUAUAACAAAAAUAAUGACUCUCUUAUCACUGUUUCUGUCUAUGCUUCAGACAGUUACAGUUCUUUGAAAUGCAGAAGCACAAGGAUUGAGUACAUAAGGAGGGGAAAACCUGAUGCUGGCUUUGCUCUAUUUGAAUCCGAGUCUCUCAAGUGGCCAGGUUUUGUUGAGUUUGAUGAUGUAAAUGGGAAGGUUCUCACAUUCUCUGCUCAGGAUAGCAUAUACAAGGUGUUUGACCUGAAAAACUAUACAAUGUUGUACUCCAUUUCUGAUAAAAAUGUCCAAGAGAUUAAGAUCAGUCCGGGGAUCAUGUUGCUGAUUUUUGCCAAAGCAAGUAGCCAUGUGCCGCUUAAAAUCCUUUCAAUAGAAGAUGGUACUGUUUUGAAAUCAUUCAACCAUCUCCUUUAUCGUAAUAAGAAGGUGGAUUUUAUUGAGCAGUUCAAUGAGAAGCUACUUGUGAAGCAAGAAAAUGAAAACCUUCAAAUUCUUGAUGUGCGGACUUUUGAGCUAACUGAAGUUAGCCGAAGUGAAUUUAUGACACCCUCUGCAUUCAUCUUUCUAUAUGAGAACCAGUUAUUCCUGACAUUCCGGAAUCGGACUGUGGCUGUGUGGAACUUCCGUGGAGAGCUUGUUACUUCCUUUGAGGAUCACCUCUUGUGGCAUCCUGAUUGCAAUACAAACAAUAUAUACAUAACCAGUGACCAGGAUCUUAUCAUAUCCUACUGCAAAGCUGAUUCUGAUGACUCAGUGACUGAAGGAAACGGCUCUAUCAAUGUCAGCAACAUUUUAACUGGGAAGUGUCUUGCCAAGAUAAGAGCAAGCAACAGCUUCCCAAUGGAGGACAAUUGCAGUUGCUGUGAAACUUCUUCAGGUAACAGUUGUAAUUCCAGGAAGCGAAAGCAUGCCUCCAAAAUUAGGAGCACAGUUGCAGAAGCCCUGGAAGAUAUUACUGCUCUUUUCUAUGAUGAAGACCGCAAUGAGAUCUAUACCGGCAACAGGCACGGUUUAGUCCAUGUCUGGUCUAACUGAUGUAUUAUGGAUUUACUACCCUUUGUAAACUUCUUGGGUUUUUCUUCAUGUGGACAAAAGAUUUUCCGGAUCUGCUUUAUAGAACUUCUGGGAGUAGUAGCGCCAUUGAGUGAUCUUGUAAUGUUCAUUUUGUUCAUCCGUACUUUGGCGCAUUUGUUAUGUAGUUAGUAACAUAUCUGUAUGGAAGUGCUAUGCUGGUAACAGACCAGGUGUUGCUUCUGCUGUAAUCUAUAUUUGGAUUUAUAGAGCGACUUUUUUGGAUUGAAA